UCCAUUUCUGCAGAAAAACUUCAUUGGCCAGAAUUGGAGCUAGCCAAAAAAUCGGUUCUAUUGAAUCCCUCUGAAAAAAAUGACACAAGCCAAGCAGAUCUCCAGCAAGUCUCUGUUAGCAUUUUAAAGGAAAUAUUUACAGGAAGCAAUGGUUACAAUGUCUUACUGCCAUCAAAGGGAGAGAAGAAACGGUUAUCCUCCAGCCAUCACAAAAAGCACCGAAAAUCUGCGAAGCCCUCAGCUGUGUUGCGGUACAAGGAACGCCGGACCCCCAACUCCUCUGUGCCAAUGGUUGACAAGGAGUGGUGUCUUGGAAGCGGACAUACUGCAUUACUCAUGGGUAACUUGGUUGCGAGCAAUUCAAAAUUUCCACUUGGCAUAUCAGUGGUAGGAAGUGGAAUCGGUCUGUCCCAAAGACCAAAGAAUAAGAUAAAAAGGCUUUACUUUUCAAGCCUGCAGAGGUCCAGUUUGCCAGUUGGACAAGGGAGAGACAGUGAAAGCAACACGCGUAGACUCUGUAUCCUGACUGCUGUUAAACCAUCAAAUGUGGAAAAGGAGAAGGUCAAGUUCUUCAAGUCUGAGUUCACCUACAAUCCACAGUUUGAAUAUGCUAAUCCUGCUUUGCCCAAUGUGUUAGCAAAACACAGUAUCGCUUCAGAUAAAUUUCUUCUACAGGCGAUAAAAAUAAUGAAAAUGGCGCUGAAGAAAUAUGGCAGCUAUGAGAAGUUUGAACAAGCAACAGGGGGAAACCUGCUCACCAAGAGCCGCAUCUGGUUUUAUGUGAAGAAAUAUAUGGAAAGGGAAGACUGCCUUGGUGAUAUUGCAGUCCAUUUAACAGAUGAUCUGCUUUCUCGUGCUUCUAUGACAAUAGUGAAUGGACGUCCGACUCUGACCAUCAAUGUUUCCACUGCUCGAGAGCACUGGCUGGAGGGGAUGCUGAGACAUGAGAUAGGGACACAUUAUCUUCGAGGCUUAAACAACAAUCUACAGCCCUGGUGUAACUGGAAUGGUCGUAAAAAAUAUGGUCUUAAACCAAUUAACCCAACUGAAGAGGGACUGGCUAGUAUCCACAGUGUGCUGUUCCACAAGGACCCUUUCCUCUGGAGAGCAGCUCUGCUCUACUACACAGUCUACCAAGCCAGCCACAUGUCCUUUCGGGAACUCUUCCUAGACAUUGGCAAAUUUGUGGAAAACCCAAAUACUCGGUGGGAUUAUUGUGUGCGAGCCAAACGUGGUCAAACUGACACAUCCCAACCAGGCUGUUUCAGCAAAGACCAAGUCUACCUGGAUGGCAUUCUUAAAAUUCUGAGACACAGAGAUAACAUUGACUUCCAGCUUUUAACAGCAUUGGGGAAGGUAUCUUAUGAAGAUGUAGACCGGCUAAAGGUUAUUGCCUUAUUGCAGAAUGCCCAAAUACCUUAUUUCAUGCAAGAUCAGAGUCGCUAUCUGGAGCAAUUGGACAAGAUCAUGGAAGUGAAUGGGUUGACUGACUGUGAACUCCAGAUUUUAGUCUGAAAGGAAUUGACCCAGUUUGAGAUUUCUGAGAUAUUGCCAUAUUUAUAGGAAUAAUGUACUAAUCAUGGAAUUGGAAACUUGUUUAGCAGGCAAUUUGUAUUUGGUUAUGUCUAAUAUUUGUAGCUAAUAAAUCACUUUUAAGGCAGAAAAAGUAAUUUCUCAUUGAGGGUUAAAGUAUAAGUAUAGCAGAUUGCAUAAAUAUGUUUUGUUAUGUUUAUGGUAUUGAAAUGAAAUCUGAAACUUUGUUUUUUAAAAAGCAAAUAUAAAAUCUUGAAAAAGACAAAGCUGGAACAAGCUGCCAGAGGAAGUGGUAAUGAUUACAACAUUUAAAAGACA